GGGAUAUUUUAUACAUGUCGAUACAUAUUGAUUAUCGAUAUAUCGCACAUCGUUCUACUAUCGCUUACAGGUUGUUCGUGAACAUGGCUGCGUAGUUCCAAUAUGCACCACCCGUGGACAUGCGCUAGUUUACGGGGCGGAAAAGCGAUUUUACACAUUAGCCACGUUCAGCAGACUGAGCAGAUCAGUGAACGCUUAGUGAUUAUUUAAUAUGAUUGAAUCUUUCCUUUAGAUCUUUUCUGGAUCUAAGUGUAGAAACCAAUCAUAUUGAAAAAUCACUAAGCGCUCACUGAUCUGCUCAGUCUGNUGAACAUGGUCAUUCUCUUAGGGACCUGGUCGCUCUCAGGCUUUUCUCUGGUAUUUAAUUCGGUCCACUGAGCCAUUUUUGCACCAAACCAACCAAACUUUCUCUCUGAUAUCAACUAUGAGUUUUUCCGUACAUGAGUCACAUGUGGUUUUGUGCAACAACGAGCGUGUGAUGAUAUACAACGUCGACAGUGACAUCGAAACCGUAAUGGAUUUGCCCGACCUGGAGUCGAGCAAAAAGACAGACAUUCACAAUAACGUGGACAUCGAGACUUAUCACGCGGUAACGUCCGUGACGUUUUCGAAGGACGGGAAAUACUUCGCGGUGUGUACCAAUCGCAAGCAAUUGUGUUUGUACGAAACAAAGGACUCGAAACUCCUGUCAAAUCGAACGCUUGCCAGAUCUGCGAGCAGAGUGCGAUUCUCACCGAUCAACGAUAUUGUGAUCGCUGACAAAACCGGAGAUGUUUACCUAUUUUCUAUCGAUUCACCGACGGGAAGCGGAAAUCCUAUUCUGGGACACUUGUCAAUGCUUCUCGAUGUUCUCGUUACGCAAGACAUGAAAUAUAUAUUGACUACCGACAGAGACGAGAAGAUUAGGGUUUCCAUGUUUCCGAAUUGUUACAACAUUGUGUCUUAUUGUUUGGGACAUGCGAAGUUCGUGACGAACAUCACCGAGUUGCCUCACGACAAGAACAUUUUAGUAUCGUGCGGUGGUGAUGGAGUUUUCAAAUUGUGGGACUACAAACACGGUACUGAACUGAUGUCUGUGAAUUUUUGUGAUAAAAUAUCAAAAUGCGACGUCGAGAAAUUCAAUCAGAAUCUUCGUAACAAUCAUUAUGACGAGUCCGUGGAUAUACUGCCCGUUAAACAUUUGCGAGCGUCUCACCUCAGUGAAAAAGAAUCUUUGAUUAUCCUGAGUUUCUACAGUAGUAACAUGUUGUUGGUUUAUAAAAUUGUUAAUAAUAACAAUGAAACGCAAUUAAUAGCAAAUUACUUGGAGUCUGUAACCAUAGAAGCUGAGCCCGUAGAAUGUCUUCUGCACAAACAAGAUUUGUGGGUAUUAACUGACAUAGGGCUACAAGUGUACAAGUUUCAAAAUAAUAAAUUUGUAGUUCAUAAUAAUCUAAGUUGCACACUAGACCGUCUUAAUAAGUUGUGGAAAAUGCUGAAAAACACUGCUGUCAAUCAAAAUACAUUUCCAGUUUUAUACAAGAGAACAUACGACAAUGUGCAGGACUAUUUAGAAAGGAAGAAACUUCGUCUUGCAAGCAGUACAGAAUAAAUUAUAAUACUCACAAGUCAUUACAAAUAAUACAAAUAUGAUCAUGUUUGUUAUUUUUAAACAAAAA